GAUUCUCUCUGCCCGUGACCGCCCUCAUUCCUUCCCCGCACCAUUUCGAGAAUUUGAUUUGACCUCCAACAAUACUGCAGCUACUUCUCCAACCUCAACAUAACAUCCACUUCCAUUCUCUCGUUUCUUCUACGUUCCUAACCCUCUCUUCCCCUCAUAUACAGACUCAAUUCCUCCCAAAGCAUCCCACCGACCAAAAAGCAGCCACAAUGUCCUCCAUCCGCCGCAUGUCCCCAACGGACCUCCUCUCCCUCAACCUCACCAACCUCGACCCAUUGACCGAAAACUACGACCUGGGCUUCUACCUGAACUACCUCAUGCGCUGGCCCUCCCUCUUCAGCAGCGUCCAAGACCGUCAAGAAGGAAUCGUCGGCUAUAUCAUGGGUAAACUCGAAGAACAACCCGCUCAGAUGCGCCACUCGGAACACUACACGCCCUGGCACGGCCACAUCACCGUUCUGACCGUGGCGCCCGCAUGGCGCCGGCUGGGCCACGCGCGCCGCCUCACCGAACGCCUCGAGCGGGGCUCCGAUAUCAACGACGCCUGGUUCGUGGAUCUGUACGUGCGCGCCGGGAAUAAGGUCGCGGUGGAUAUGUAUAAGGGGAUGGGGUACUCGGUCUUCCGGCGAGUCGUGGGGUAUUACAGCGAUGAUCCGUCGGGGAUGUCGGAGACGGGCGAGGAUGCGUUCGACAUGCGCAAGCCGUGCAGUCGCGAUAAGAACCUGCAGCAUGUUCGGGAGAAAGGGGAGGAGUUCUUGGUUGAUCCGGUGGAUGUUUCGUGAUUUAGAGGUUGGCAGGGGGGCAGUUUGGUAUGGAGAAGGUUGUAGCUCUUGGCUCUUCCAUGAGGGCGGCCGUGUGUAAGUCUUUUGAGUCGGGAAGUUGCAGUACCGAGAGAUGUUUGUGCUUGGUUGUUUUCCUCGCAAAAGCUUGGUGUUUGGGCGUUGGCAAAGUCGAUUCGAUCUAGAUAGCUAUAGUCAUGAGACUGAUUGUGUGAGACCGC